AUGAAAUUCCUCUCCUCCAUCCUCCUCCUCAGCGGUCUCGCCGCCGCCGCAACAGCCGCCGCACCAGCGACCGCGCCAGGCAACGCACACCCCACCACGCUCGUCCAGAAGCCCGCCACCGCGGACGGGGCUGCUGGCGCGGCUGGCGCUGCGGGUGCUGGUGGGAGCACCUACAACCACGUCGCAACCCCCAACGAGGGCCAGAAGCCCGCCACCGAUGGUGCCGGCGGGGAUCACGGUGCGACGACAUCGCCCGCUACCAAUAGCAAGGGUAAUGCCAAUGCCAACGCUAACGCUAACGCCGGUGCCAACGCCAACGGCAAGGGCAAUUCUGGCAGCAGUGGCAGUGGCAGUGGCAGUAGCAGUGCGGGCAGCACCAAGGCGAAUACCGGUGCCACCAACAACAGCAAUGGCGCUGGCAACAGCAACAGCAACGCGGGCAGCAGCGCCCACAACGCCGCGGCCGCGCCCUCGCAUCAGAAGGGUCGCCGGGCUCUGGACGAGGAGGUCCAGGAUCUCGUGAUGGGGCUUAUGGUCGAGGUGGUCGAUGAGGGGGUUACGGAGGUGAUGCAGGAGGGGUUGGAGUAGACGAGCAAGAAGGUGAGGAUGAUGGUGGUUACGAGUCAUGGGUUGCUGGUUUUGUUGUUGUUGGAGGGACAGUGUUGGUUCUGGGGCAUGUAUCUCGUGUUUUGAUAGCUGAUUUACU